CACUGGCAACAACGGGAGACAGCAGCGCAGGCGCAGCAGCCAGCCAGCAGAGCGGAGGAGGGCUGCCGCGGAGAAAAGAAAUCGGGAAAUCCCCAUCCAGCUCCGCGGUGAGAGAGAUAGAGAGAGGCGCGGAGGCGAUGCUAGCUCCCGCGCUGAGCCCCCCCAAAAGAUUUGGCGACGCGUCGCCCACCCCAAACGGGAACCUCCCCCCCUCACUGAACCCCCCUGCAAUCCCCAAAUCCCCGAAAGCCCUAGGGCGUGCAGCGCUGGAGGAGCGGCACCCGAAACCCUACCCGCCGGCCAUGGUGAUCGCCGUGGAGGGGAGCUUCGUGCACCAGGACGAGGGGGAGGACGGGGACCACCCCAUGCGCUACCUCCCCCUCGGCCGCGUCUACUCCUCCACCGCCCCCUGCCCGCCCCCCAAGAAGCCCCGCAGCUCCGCCUCCGCCGCCGCGGGCGCCAAGCCGCCCGUGAUCGUCUACUACCGCCGUCGCCGCAAGAAGCCGCGGCUCGAGGAGCCACGACCGUCCUCGCCCGCCACAGCGCCGCGGCAGCCGGAGGAGGAGGAGGAGGCGCUGGGCAGGGGCUCGCGGCGGAAGCGCCCACUCAAGCACGAGCUGCUCAGCCUGGGUUCCGCCCCGCCUGCAUUGGGCGCGGAUAGAGACGGGGAGGAGCUGCUGGGGCGACGGCAGCCGAGGCGCAGAGGGGGAGUGCAGAAGGAGAGCACUUCGGCGCCCCGGAGGCGACGGCGCCGCAGCAGCCAGCUGGAGGCCGCCUCUCCAUCUGAGAAGAGAUGGGUAGAGUUGGAAAUUCAGGGUGCCGAUCCGCAGGCGUUUGUCGGUUUAGUGUGCAAGGUUUUCUGGCCCUUAGAUGAUGAUUGGUACAAGGGUUCCAUCACGGCCUACACGGAACUAACCAAGAAGCAUUCUGUGAAGUACGAUGACGGUGAAGCAGAAGACCUUACCCUAGCUAAUGAAAGGAUACAAUUUUCCAUUUCAUCCGAGGAAAUGAAGAGCCUGAACCUGAAAUUUGGAGCAUCUAACCUGGAUAAGAAGGGAUACGAUGAGCUGCUUGCACUUGCUGUCAGCUUUCAUGACUACCAAGGUCUUGAUCCAGAUGAUCUAGUGUGGGCUAAAAUAACAGGUCAUGCAAUGUGGCCAGCUGUUAUAGUGGACGAGUCAAAUGUUCAUGCUAGCCGGGCCCUGAAGCCAAUUCGGUUAGAUCAAUCAAUACUUGUUCAAUUCUUUGGCACCCAUGAUUUUGCAAGGAUUAAGUCGAAGCAGGCGGUGCCCUUUCUGAAUGGCCUUCUUUCUUCCUUGCAUCUCAAAUGCAAGCAAACACGCUUCUCCCGAGGCUUAGAAGAAGCCAAGGAGUUUCUCCUCACACAACAGCUUCCAGAAAAUAUGUUGCAACUUCGGAAAUCCAUUGAAAAUGAUGGUUCUGAUGUUAAUGGCCAAGAUGACGCGAUAGGCUCUUGUGAUAAUUUAUCAGAAGAAAGAGAAGAAGAAAAUGGAGAGGAUGCUGAAAUGACUCAAAUAGAACUAGGAAAUCUUCGCGUGAGCAACCUAGGCAGGAUAGUAUCUGAUUCAGACCAUUUCCAUAACAAAAUGCACAUAUGGCCUGAAGGGUAUACUGCUUUCAGGAAGUUCGCAUCAGUAAAAGAUCCACACCUAGUAACAUCUUACAAAAUGGAAGUACUGAGGAAUUCAGAUAUUAAAGCACGACCUUUGUUUAGGGUGAUCUCGGAAGAUGGAUUGCAGAUUGAUGGCUCUACGCCUAAUGCAUGCUGGAAGGAGAUAUACUGCAGGAUAAAAGAAAAACAGUGCAAUGUUACCUCGGAACUGGAAGGAAAUGUUUGUCAGAGAUCUGGUUCUGACAUGUUUGGCUUUUCAAACCCACAAAUUAGGCAGCUUAUUCAGGAGUUGCCAAAUGCAAGGUCGUGUUUGAAGUAUUUUGAAAAUGGUGGGGAUACCCUCCGUGGUUACAGAGCUGUUCAUGUUAAUUGGAAAGAUCUAGACUUUUGCAGUGUUUGUGAUAUGGAUGAGGAGUAUGAAGACAAUUUGUUCUUGCAAUGUGACAAGUGCCGUAUGAUGGUUCAUGCUCGGUGCUAUGGCGAACUAGAACCAUUGAAUGGAGUACUUUGGUUAUGCAACCUGUGCCGACCUGGGGCACCUCGCGUGUCCCCACGAUGCUGCCUAUGUCCUGUCACAGGGGGUGCAAUGAAACCUACAACAGAUGGCCGUUGGGCUCAUCUAGCAUGUGCAAUAUGGAUUCCUGAAACAUGCUUAAAAGAUGUAAAGAGAAUGGAACCCAUUGAUGGAUUGAGCAAAAUCAACAAGGACCGCUGGAAACUUCUAUGCAGCAUUUGUACAGUUGCUUAUGGAGCUUGCAUACAGUGCUCACAUCCUACUUGUCGAGUUGCAUAUCACCCGCUCUGUGCACGUGCUGCUGAUCUAUGUGUUGAGCUUGAAGAUGAUGACAAAAUCCAUCUCAUGUUACUUGAGGAGGAUGAGGACCCAUGUAUUCGUCUACUCUCGUAUUGCAAGAAGCACAGACAACCAUCUACUGAACGUCCAUCUCUUGAAAGUAAUCUUGGUAACCCUGCUCAGUUAGUUCAGACAGACGCGGCUUCAUCAUCUGGUUGUGCAAGGACUGAGCCCUAUAAUUUUCACCGGAGAAGAGGCCAACAACAACCUCAAGUUACAGCUACUGCUUCUGUAAAGCGUUUGUAUGUGGAGAACAUGCCUUAUAUUGUUAGUGGCUACUGCCAAAAUAAAGUAGGCUGUGAUACUAGCUGUGAACCAAUUCAAUCAGUCGCCUUGUUGGAUGCUGCAUCACAAGAAGCUUCUGUCAAUGUGUCUUCUAUGGCUGAAAAAUAUAAAAGCAUGAAGGCCACAUUCAGGAAGAGACUAGCUUUUGGAAAAUCAAGAAUUCAUGGGUUUGGUGUUUUUGCAAAGGUUGCACACAAGGCAGGAGACAUGAUGAUCGAAUACAUAGGGGAGCUUGUUAGGCCACCGAUAUCAGACCUUAGAGAGCGGCAUAUAUACAACUCUUUGGUGGGUGCUGGGACAUACAUGUUCAGGAUAGAUGAUGAGCGUGUUAUUGACGCUACACGAGCAGGAAGCAUAGCCCAUUUGAUCAAUCACUCAUGCGAGCCUAAUUGUUAUUCGCGUGUGAUAAGUGUUCUUGGGGAUGAGCAUAUCAUCAUUUUUGCAAAGCGGGAUAUAGACCCAUGGGAAGAGUUGACCUAUGAUUAUAGGUUUGUUUCGAAUGAACAACGGCUUCCUUGUUAUUGUGGAUUUCCAAAAUGCCGGGGAGUUGUUAAUGAUGUUGAAGCAGAGGUCCAAUCAACCAAAAUAAGAGUCACCAGAAGUGAAUUAUUUCAGCAAAAAGACUAAUGAGUGGGUAUCUGGAAAUGCCCAAGGCUUGGAUUUACUGAAUUGAGGAACUGCGGUGCUGCCAGUGCUUGCUGUGUUAUUCUCAAGUUGACCGGCUUUAUGAUUCUAGGAAUGCUAACGAUUCAUUCUCACAUUGUUUUAGAUGGAAUGCCAGUGUAGUGUAUAGAUACUCAGAAGUAGGUUGGCAAUCCAACAUGCAUGAUUGCCAACCAUAACUGAAAUUGAUGAUCAUGUAGGGCAUCAAAAAUAUUCAGAGUUUACAUGUAAUUCGGCCAUUCACUGUUUCCAGUGUGCCCUGCCAUAGGCACAGCCCAUUUGAUGUUUAAGAAGUCAUGAUGUUAAGUGGUGACUGAAAGACUUGCUAAUGCUAAUUGUUAUCAGUUGUAAACCA